AUAAAUCCUAAAUACUCGCUCCAGACUGAGCAGUACUGUCUGUCUGUCGCUUGCUCUGCGCAUGCGCCGGUCAUGAGGUUGUGGAGUGAAGAGAAAGCGCUCGUGCAACAGUUUGAAUGGCAUUAGUCAUCAGCGCAUCUGAAUCAAUGAUGGGAGACUGGAGCAGUGUUCGCAACCGAACAGGUCAGUGCGCUCCGCCGCUGUCUCCGGUCAUCGGGACUCUGAAGCUGGUGUCCGGCGACGGCACUAGCGUGGGCAGCGUGAUGAGCCUGCAGUGCCCGAGCAGACACCGCGCGGUCAGCGGCACUCAGAUGGCCUGCGUGUGGAGCAGUAACAACACGCGCUGGAGCGGAGGAACACCCGAGUGCAGACCUUUGUCUCGGUUCGAGGACGAGGGCUUUCGUUUAGCUCUUCUCAUGUCCUUCAUCAGUGCCGCCAUCAUUCUCUUGAUGAGCAUCAUCUUCAUCACUUCCUGUCUGGUGAAACAUGUGAAGCGAGAGGAGAGGAGAAAGAUGGAGAGGGCAAGAAAAAAUGGGGCAUCUGAGUUUUGGCAACCAACAGACGUUGAGCGAGUGGAGCUGCAGAGAGAGGCGUUACACAACCACAAAACCACAAACAACAACAACAACAACAACUACACACAGCACACAGACACACACAGAACCACAGACAACCAGAUCUACACCGGCAGUGACCCGCGCACUCCCUGCAGGUGUCUUCAUCAAGGGAAGCCCUAUCCUCAGAUCAUCCAUCCGUCUCAGUUCUCUCUGAUCCUCAAUCCUCCCACUGACUGCCUGAUGAACACACACAUCGGCCCUGUAGAAGCACACUGCGACAGCGCUGCGGGGGACACACACUUCUGCAGGCCGCUUCUGCAAGAUCCGGUCUGGAGCAGACAGCACCUGUUUAACCCACCGGUCCACAUCAUAUGAGCACGUGCUCCACGUGCUGAAGACUAUGGAGGACUUUGUGUAAUAAUGAUGCAAACUGGGACUAGUCGUGAAAGAGACGAGUCCUCAGCUGAGAAGCUGAACUUUUUCUCAUGUGUUGUAUGUUGUUUUUUAAAAUAAUUCUGUUGUACACUGUAUUGAAUUGUUAUUGCACUUAACAUGCUAUUCUACUUGACUCUGGCCACAGCAUGGGUAUUUAGUAAAAGUAUGCAGUACAGUACACAAUGGGCAGCAAUAAAUGUUUUAAUUAGAUGCAUACUAAAAUAUUAUAGCAUAACACCAUUACCUGCCACAUUACUGAAUGUUUACCGUUUGCUCUUUCCCUUAAAGAGCUAUAUGAAGAAUUCAGAAACCCUUGUUAUUAGCGACACUAGUGGCUGUUAAGUGAAUUGCAGCCAGCAACUUAUUGCUCGUGCUCGCACUCGUGCACACGCGACUGAACGUGAUUCAGUGACCCAAAACAGCGUUACGAAAUCAUCAGAUUAUAACGAUGUGGAUAUGUUUGCACCAGCUCUGAGAUUCACCGGCAUCAUGUCGACAGAUGAGGUCAUUAAAAUUACACAGUUAUAAAAGUUUGGUUAUAAAGUAUAUUUGAUCUGACUAUGUGAGACUAUAGCAUGAAAGACUGACAUUACAGUACAGAAUUGUACAAGCAUUCAUUCAUUAAUGUGUCAUUGAACGGAAGAGAGGCUCUCGGGAGCGCGCGUAACCGUCACGCCCUUUUGAUUUUCCCGGCAAAAACGUCCCGAGUCCUUCACAUAAAAAUCAGUCUACAGGCUUUCAUAGACAACCUAGGAAGUCAGGGAAGGUCUUGUUUUUUAAGUUUCGUUACAAGCGGUUCACACAUUGGCAAUAAAAAAGUGAUUAAUACAUGUAAAUUCUUACAUAGAGCCCCUUUAAAUUUAAGAAUGUAGAUUUUGCGGGGCUCAAAUGAGUUGAGAAUAGUCCAAACAAAGACAGAUUGAUAUACGCACGACAACACUGCUGUGAAGGGCAUUACUGCUCAACAUACUGUUUUAUUACUCUCCAUAAGUCAAGACUUUUUAAAAGUGAUUCUUUUUACUUGUCUUUUACUACAAAAAUAUUCAAAAUAACCAACACAGAAUUCUCAAUUUACUCAGUAUAAGGAUAUCGAAAAAUCUGAAGCAUGGGUUUACUGGAUGCAAACUUGAAAUAAUAUAACCUAAUGGAGGAAAAAAAGGUCAAACAACAGCCUACAUUUUUAUAAACUUUCAGUGAACAAGUCUGUAAAAAACAGUUCUGUUGUACUCAAAAACUAAAAACCAAAGCAAUAAGAUUCAAAAUGUGGAAAUUAUCAAAUUAUCCUAUGACUUUUUGAGCAAGUGUUAAGCAACUGUAAAUAUCCCUAUACAAAAGCAGCACUUAAAACAAUAUUACAAUCCAAAACGCUUUUUUGGUACUUUUUGUUCUGUCGCUAGUGUUGGUGCCUCUGAGAAUAAUGAGCAAAUAAUAAACCUGAAUGUAAUGCUAACGUUGCACUCCGAGUUCCUUUCAAAUGUUGUGCAGUAAUAUAGCUUUUUGGUCUUUCUUUUCAAAUGGAUUCACUGGCCGACAGCGCCACCUGUGGGUCUUUGUUUUGUCUGCACCUGUUUUAUAAAAUUCUAAAUAAUAUAUUAUUAA